CAAGAUGGCGUCUUUUUAUUUACAUCGAGAGAAGGAAACGUUUUGAACCUUGAAGAUCAGCAGCAGUUAAAUGAAAUAGAAUGCCAGUCAGGAAGAAGAAGUCAGGGAAAAGGAAAAAAAAGUCUGCAAGCCCUGCAAGACCUAAGUCUGGAGUUAAAGAUGCAGGCUCAAAGACAGGAAAAAAACGAAAGAAGUCUGCUAAAAAGAAGUUAACAAAAGCAGAGAAGGCUGCUGAAAAGUUACAGAAGUCUGUGAACCGCUUUAUCGAUGACUUGGACCGACAUAAUAACUUCAUAGCCCGUAUGGAUAAGUGGAUUCUGGAGAAUGCAGAUAAAGCAAUUGAAAUGUUCCGUAGUUAUAAUGAUGUAGAGACGGUGACGUACGAAGAAUUCAAAGGAGGUAUGUUUGACUUGAAUGCACCUUGUAAUAAUUUAGAACUUCAGAUCUUGGCGUUGAGGCUUGAUAGACGUAAAACUGGGAAUAUUGAUUAUUUAGAACUUAAGAAAGGACUGCGGUUCUAUAGAGAUGAUGAGACUGAUGAUGAUGGUGAGGAUGAAGAUGAAGAAGAAGAGGAGGAAGGAGAAGAGGUUGCGGAGAAAAAAGAUAUAGAUGAAAAGGAAGAACAAAAUCAAGAAGGAGAAGAAACGCUUGCAUUGGAAAAAGCCAAGCAACUUAUUCUCUUUGGAAGCGCUCCCACUGAAGGUUCUGAAGAACAAUCUGAAGCGGACAAGGGUGAAACAAUUAAAUUGGAAAUCACACGAGAAGAAUUGGAAAAGUGUUCAUGUUGUAAGCUCAGUCUGUGGCAACCUUACAGAAUUAUGGCUCCAAAGUACGUUCUUCUUGAAUUACGUCUAAUAACUUUUGACAAUGUGAGAUCAUAUCCCGGACACUUUAAAAAGCUGGUACACUCUCAUCUCACCAUUUACGGGAUUAUGCAAAUAAUCUAUGAAGAAACUGCAACAGAAUCAUCCAAAUUGAAAAUAUUUCAAGACAAAACUCGAAACACAGAGGCUUUGCUGAUGCCAGAUGUGACCUUGGAGGAAAUCGGUGCGAAGGGUGGUGUCUAUCAAGAUCCGGAACCGAUGGUUUUGUAUUAUGAUUACACAACUGAAUUUCAUGACUGCCCUCUAUUAAUGUCUGAUUAUUACUUCGUUUAAUUUACUAGUAUUCUAUAAUUUUGAUGAAUAUUUUUGUCAUUUUUGGUAAAAAGCGAUAUUUUUGACUUCUUGUUAAAAACCGCAGGUCCAAUUGCUCUGAUACUAUACAUAUUGUUCAUUUUCUAAUGAUAUCUUCAGUUCUUUAAUUGAAAUGUGCAUUUCUA